AUCGGUGACAUUAACGGGGCAGCAAAUCCUUAUGGGCUUUUAGGUGAGUUUCAAUGGGCUACUAAGGACGAUAGAAACAGCUGGAAGUACACUCAAUAUUUUUUCGACCAAUUUUUCAGUUCAGAUUUUACGUAUUUUUACUAAUAAAACGAUUCGAUUAUUUCCACUUCCCGGGUGUUUAACGUGAACAAUUCAACCGAUUUAAUCGAAAAUAGAAUUUCAACCUCAUCAACAUGACGGAGGACAUGUUAGCAGACAUCUGUAGGGUGUGUAGGUCGGAGGGUUUAGCAGACCGCCCCCUAUUCCACCCCUGUAUAUGCACAGGGAGCAUAAAAUGGAUCCACCAGGAGUGCCUUGUCCAGUGGAUGAGGUACUCCAGAAAAGAAUACUGUGAGCUCUGUGGCCACAGAUUCUCCUUCACUCCAAUUUACAGCCCAGAUAUGCCCCGUCGCCUCCCAAUCAGAGACGUUGUGGGGGGUUUGGUCUCCAGUAUCGUAACAGCAGUGAAAUACUGGUUACAUUACACCCUAGUGGCUCUCGCAUGGUUGGGCCUGGUUCCUCUGACGGCCUGUCGAACGUAUCGAGCGCUGUUCAGUGGAUCCCUCGACUUCGUUAAAAUAAUGUCUCUUCCAAUGGAUAUGAUAUCAACAGAGAACAUCUCCUCGGACGUGUUUCACGGUUGCUUCGUAGUAACAUGCACUCUAUUCGCCUUUAUCGGCCUUGUGUGGUUGAGAGAGCAGAUUCUUCACGCUGGCGGUCCAGACUGGCUGGAGCGGGACGCUCCUCUUCUUCCAGCCGAUGUCAAUCAUCCUGAGGCACCCCAACUCGAGCAGGGCGAACUACUGGAUGCACCUCAACCCUUUCCCGGUGCAAAUGUCAGGGAGAAUAACAAUAUUCCUCCAUUCGUUGAGGAACCUCCCAGACAAGACAAUGAUGAUAAUCACCCUUUGUACAGAGAAAUUGGUGACAAUCCUGAUAAUCCUCCGCUUGACAACAUCAAUGAGGAGGAGGGACAAAGGGAAGAGCCAGCUGCUCAGGAGGAGCCUGCUGAUGGCUGGAGAGCACAGGAGCAGGACCAAGUUCAAGGUGGUGGCGAAGCUGAAGAAGCUAAUUGGAAUCCCAUGGAAUGGGACAGACCUGCUGAGGAGCUCACCUGGGAGAGACUCCUUGGACUCGAUGGUUCUCUCCUCUUCCUGGAGCAUGUUUUCUGGGUGAUUUCCCUCAAUACCUCGUUCAUCUUUGUGUUUGCGUUUUGCCCGCACAACAUUGGACGUUACACCAUCAUUGGCCUUGGAUUACAAAAACACGCUGCUGCUUCACAUUUCGAGGGACUCGUCACCACUCUGUGCGGAUAUGGAUUCAUUGGUGGGACUCUCGUUGUUCUUCAUACACUCGCUGCACUCUUUGGCUUCCAACGGUUUCAGAGAAUUCUGGGGCUUUGCUAUGUUGUGGUGAAAGUGGCACUGCUGUCUGUUGUGGAGAUUGGAGUUUUACCCCUUGUCUGUGGCUGGUGGCUUGACAUAUGCUCGUUGGCAAUGUUUGAUGCCACUCUGAAGGACAGAGAAUCCUCAUUCAGAAUUGCACCUGGAACCUGCAUGUUCAUUCACUGGCUGGUAGGCAUGGUUUACAUUUACUACUUUGCAUCGUUCAUUUUGCUGCUGAGGGAGGUACUCCGACCUGGAGUACUCUGGUUCCUGAGGAAUCUCAAUGAUCCUGACUUUUCACCUAUACAAGAGAUGAUUCAUCUUCCAAUUUUGAGGCACGCCAGGAGACUCGUGGCUUCAGCUGUUAUUUUUGGUACUGCGAUUUUACUCAUGCUCUGGCUUCCGGUGAGAAUUCUCAGGUGGGCAUGGCCCGGAUUUCUACCGUACACUGUUACUGUCCAGACUGGGGCUCAGGUAAGCGAAUUAUCCAUGGAGCUUCUGCUCCUUCAAGUGAUUCUCCCAGCUUUGCUCGAACAGUCCCAUACUCGGACAUGGCUGAAGGCGAUAAUUCGUGGCUGGUGUCAGGCAGUGGCCUGGAUGCUAGAUCUCCAGUCGUAUCUCUUGAGGAACCAGCGAGAUGAUAGGGAUAACGCUGUAAUCGAGGAACUACAGCAUGAUCUCGGAGCUGCACACCAGGCCAUUGCUCAAAUGAGACAUCGGGGGGCUCCCCCAGGGUAUCAACCGUACACAAGAUCUAGGUGGUUCCCAGCAAGGCUGGUUGGUCUCUUGCUGUGUCUCUGCGCCUCAUUAGUAGUGGCGAGUCUCAUCGCCAUGACACUUCCUGUUUGGCUGGGGAGGAGGGUCAUGGCUUUGUGGAUGGUGGGGGCUCCUGCUCCAUCACCACCGGUAUUACCACCUGCAGUGCCAGUGAGCAGUGUUGGAGACACAAUGGUAGUAUUCUCGGGACGUGUUCACGAAAUCUACACACUAGCCUGUGGCACUUAUGUAUGUUGGGCGGUAGCGCGUGGCCUUGCCCUCGCCUUCUCGUGGCUACCCCGGGGGCGUCGCGCAAUUAUUGAUAGAAUAAAACACUGGGCAAUUAUCAGUGUGCGUGCAUCAAUAGCUUUCAUUCUUCUAGUCGGUGUUAUCCCAUUAUUAUUCGGGCUUCUCCUCGAGCUGGUCGUGGUGGUACCCCUUCGUCUACCACUCGAGCAAAAUCCAAUUCUAUUCCCCUGGCAGGAUUGGGCACUUGGCGUUUUAUACACUAAAAUAGCAACUGCCAUUACAAUGAUGGGGCCCGAGUGGAAGCUUCGUACAGCUAUUGAAAAGGCAUAUAACGAUGGUGUCCGUGAAAUGGAUCUCAAAUUUGUCAUUACGGAAUUAGCAGCACCUGUUAUCUGUGUUUUUGGCCUUGCACUUGCUAUUCCUUAUGCCAUUGGUUAUGGUAUUAUACCCCUAUUUGUCACGAAUCUGCAGACACAGAUAUUGAUAGCACGACGCCUUUACCCAUUUUUAUUGCUUAUCAUAUCGGUUUGUGUACUGAUAACAUUUCAUAUUCGACAGUUUAGAAAAUUGUAUGAGCACAUUAAGAAUGACAAGUAUCUUGUUGGCCAGAGGCUCGUCAACUACGAACAUCGAAACAAACAGCAGUCGCAGAGGUCAAGUUAACGAAAUACUUGAUGAUGUACGAUUUUUGUUUUUUAAUUUAAAGUGAGAACUCGGACAUUUUCCAUCAACGGUUUGUGAAACGAUAGUUUUGAUGGAAGUUUAUACUUUCUGGGAGAACAAAUCAUUGUGAAUGUCAAGUGUGGAAGUUUAAAGAAAGAAAAUACCGAGAAAAUGAGCAAAUUAGCAGAAAUGACAUUAAAUCCUUUCUCAAAAUAUCUGAUCUUGAGAUAUUUUUUUUAAUACGUAAGAGGAGGAUUGUAAAGGGAUGAAGCUCUCGCGGUACAGUUGGAGAACUUAGGGUUAACUUCGUGUACAUUCUUAUCCUGUCAUGUUUGGAAAUUUAAGAAAAAAAAAACACAAAGAAAUUUCUCAAUUUUAUGUUAACCAUUUGAAUUUUUAAUAGUUCUAAUAUAUUUAUGUAGAUGAAGCUGAAUAAAUCAGAAAGACUGUUUUCCAAUUUCGAUUUGUCAUCAUUACGCUUGAUUAAAAAAAAAUGAAAUUUGUAGAACGAACAUUCUGAGGUUCGAAAAGUUUUGUAAUUUGAGGGAAAUUUAGUUUAAUUUCGAUCGCACAAGUGCAGUGUUUUGCACUUCAUUAAUAAUAUGAUAAUUGGGUUUCAUAUGCUCGAUUUGCUCCUCGAUAAUUUAGAAGACAAAUACGUGACAGACACUUCCUCUUUUAAUAUUGUUUUAAAAAUGCAAUAUCCGUAUUUGCUGAUCUUUAAUUACGUAAGUUGUAUAGGUAAAUCGCUUAAUACCCAGGUAAAUCACGAGUUAUUUAUGAUUAAAGGCCCAUCGUUAGCCCAAUUAUCGUAGAAUAUUUUUUAUCGAAAUUUACUUAUCGUGAGCAGAAAGAAGUACAUUGAAAAAAAAAUCAAUAUGUGAUCUAGUUGGAGUUUAUAUUACCGAAUGAAAAGUAAAAAAAUAGGUAAUCAUUUGAAUGACUUUUAUCUAAGUUUAUGCGGUGAGGUAUAAAAUGACAGAAUUUUUUGGAAGAAAAAUCACUGAAAAUAAAAUAAUUGAAACAUUUUCGAACGGAUAUAAUUUUUUGCUCUUUCGUAGACAAAUUGUACAAUUAGGUACAUGUUUUAUGUAGAGAAUUAUAUUCCCUCGUGUAAAUAAAACACGUAAGUUCAAACUACUAUAAUAUUUAACUUAACUUGGAAUAAAUGGAACCAGUAUUUUUAUCAUUACUUCUGUUUCUCAUUUAUUUCCAUAGAAUUUACCCUUGUACGUGAAACCGUGAGAUUCAUGUAUGAAAGAAAAACUUGUAAAUUUAUUUUAAUUCUUAAUAAUAAAAUAAUAUAAUGAAGUGAAA